ACUAACACAAAAACGCUUGCUUACUUCUUUUAGGUUAACCAAAACGCAGCUACUCUACUCUUAUCACAUGAACCCACCACUCAACUCCAACGCCAACAACAACAACAACAACAACAACGUGAUGUUGCUUCCGCUACAUGCGUACCUCCUCACGCAGUAGCAUUAUUCCUUGUUUUCUCGCAAACCCAAACUUGUUUGCUCCGCCAUGGAUCCUUGCCCUUUCGUGCGCCUCACCGUCGGUAACCUCGCCCUCAAGAUUCCUGUUGCUUCCAAGCCCGCUCGCUCCGUCGUUCACCCUUCUUCCUCUCCAUGUUUCUGCAAGAUCAAACUCAAGAACUUCCCUCUUCAAUCCGCUGUCGUUCCCUUCAUCCCUCCUGAUAGCAACUUCCAUGACUCUCAGGUGCAGCCUAUCGCUGCCACCUUCCACCUUAGCAAGUCCGAUCUUGACAGACUCGCCGGAAAAUCCAUCUUCGCCGGGAAGCUCUGCUUGAAAAUAUCGAUCUACACUGGCCGGAGGGGCACUACCUGCGGCGUCAACUCCGGGAGGCUGCUGGGAAAAGUUUCCGUGCCGUUGGAUCUGGCGGGAACGGUAUCGAAGACUACAGUGUUCCACAAUGGGUGGAUUACGGUGGGAAAGGAAGCCAAACGCUCUUCCGCACAGUUUCAUCUGAAUGUGAAGGCCGAACCUGAUCCCAGAUUCGUGUUCCAGUUCGAUGGCGAACCAGAGUGCAGCCCCCAAGUUUUCCAGAUCCAAGGCAACAUUUCGCAACCGGUCUUCACCUGCAAGUUCAGUUUCAGAAACACCGGUGACCGGAAUCAGCUUUCCAGGUCGUUACAGUCAGAGCCUGGUAAUUCUAGAAGCUGGUUAAGCUCGUUUGGAAGUGAGCGCGAGCGCCCGGGGAAAGAACGUAAAGGAUGGUCCAUAACGGUUCAUGAUCUUUCAGGAUCGCCGGUAGCGGCAGCUUCUAUGGUCACGCCUUUCGUUGCUUCACCCGGUUCAGACCGGGUCAGCAGCUCCAACCCUGGCUCCUGGCUCAUUCUUCGCCCGGGCGAUGGCACCUGGAAGCCCUGGGGGAGACUCGAGGCCUGGCGCGAACGCGGCGGUUCCGACGGCCUUGGUUACCGCUUCGAGCUCGUACCGGACACCAACGGCGGCAUGAGCGCUGCCGGUAUAGUCCUCUCCGAGUCCACGCUGAGCACUAACAAAGGAGGAAAAUUCGUGAUCGACUUGAGCAGCCGCGGCGCAGCCUGCGCCGGCGGAGGAGGAUCAAACGGCCGCGCAACGCCGGGGAGCGCGACGUCGCCUGUGUGCAGUCCGAGAAGCAGCGGUGAUUAUGGUUACGGGCUUUGGCCGUAUUGUAUGUACAGAGGUUUCGUGAUGUCGGCGAGCGUUGAGGGUGAGGGAAGGUGCAGCAAGCCUACGGUGGAAGUGAGCGUGCCACACGUGAACUGCGCGGAAGAUGCGGCGGCAUUUGUGGCUUUAGCCGCUGCCGUUGAUCUUAGCGUGGAUGCUUGCAGGCUUUUCUCUCAACGGUUGAGGAAGGAGCUCUGCCAACAGCAGGAUUUGCUUGGCUGAUUCCGCAGUUUUCUCUCUGUCGUUUCAUGCUUUUGCCCCUGACGUUUUUUUUAAAUUUUUUUUUUAAUGGGGUUGUUGGAGUGAGGCAUUUUUCUAACUAACAAACAAUUUACAGGCUGUACAGGGAUGAGAGUGUUAGAGUGGGCGCUUUGUAUUCACGUGUGGCUUUUCAUUGAUUUUCUCUCCGUUUUUUUCGUCAA